AUGACAGCGGAGGAGGUCUACAUUGUAUCGGCAGUGCGCACGCCGGUCGGUGCAUUCCAGGGCGCGCUCAAGACGCAGACGGCCGUCGACCUAGGCACGGUAGCUGCACAGGCGGCGAUCGACCGCGCGCAGGUGGCCCCGGAGGACAUUGACGAGGCGUAUCUGGGCUGUGUGCUGCAGGCGGGCCUGGGACAGGCGCCCGCGCGCCAGGUCGUGCUGCGCGCGGGGUGCCCUGCAUCGACGGAGGCCACGACCGUGAACAAAGUAUGUGCGUCGGGCGCCAAGGCGCUCGCUCUGGGUGCGCAGAGCAUCCGCCUGGGCGAGAGCCGCGUCGUGCUGGUCGGCGGCAUGGAAAGCAUGAGCCAGGCCCCGUAUUACAUGCGGCGCGGCAGCCUCGUAUAUGGCGACGUUUCGGCCCAGGACGGCGUGCUGCGCGACGGCCUCUCGGACGGACUGAGCGGCCGGCACAUGGGCGAGUGUGCGGACGAGACGGCGCAGAAGCACGGCUUCUCGCGCACGGACCAGGACGACUUCGCGGUUACCUCGUACGAGCGCGCUAUCGCCGCCUGGGAGGCACACGCGUUUGACCAGGAGGUGGUGCCAGUCACCAUCCAUGGCAAGAAGGGGGACACGGUCGUCCGCGAGGACGAGGAACACCACCGCUUCCAGCCUGAAAAAAUGCGGUCGCUGCGCCCGGCCUUUGGCAAGGAGGGCACGGUGACAGCGGCCAAUGCAAGCUCGCUGAAUGAUGGCGCCAGCGCGCUCGUCCUCGCGAGCGGCGCCGAGGUGCAGAAGCGCGGCUGGAAGCCGCUCGCGCGCGUGCUGGGCACGGCCGACGCUGCAGCGGCGCCGGAGGACUUUCCGACGGCGCCCGCGCUCGCCAUCCCCAAGGCGCUGGCGCGCGCGAACGUCGCGCUGGACGAUGUGGCGCUCUUUGAAAUCAACGAGGCAUUUGCCGUCGUGCCCCUCGCGAACGCGCGGAUCCUCGGCAUUGACCUCGCCAAGGUGAACACGCUGGGCGGCGGUGUCUCGCUCGGCCACCCGAUCGGCAGCUCUGGCGCGCGCAUCGUCGUGACCCUUGUGCACGCGCUCCGCGCUGGGCAAAUCGGCGUCGCGGGCAUUUGCAACGGCGGCGGCGGCGCAUCGGCCGUGGUAGUGCAGCGUAUGUAG